CUAACAUACAAGCUGCAAUUCCUUUAUCUGUGGCAUUUAAUAUCUGGGCUCCUGUCUUAUAUAGCUUUAUACAGGAAAAUAACCUUGUGGCAGCGAAAUUUAUAGAACUAUAUAUACGAACCUUACAUGUGUAUGGUGUCAAAAUGGAUUUGGAUCUUCGUCCACUUUGUGAAACGAAAUUAUUAGAGAUGUUUCCAGAAUGUAUGUAUUUCAUUGCGAAACUUAUAAGGUGUGGUUGUAACUUCACCAAUUUAUCAACGCAAGAAACAGAUACAUUUAUCAACGCAGCUGUAAGGAUGACUUUUUUAACUGGUAUAUCUGACGUGCUUAGGGAUAUAUGUCUUCACUUACAUGCUGGACACAAUAGGAACAUUACAGACUUUAAAGGAAACUCUGGUCUUCACGUUGCUGCUGCAGGAAAAAUAGUAAAACCAAAUAUAGCUAGGAAUGAUGUUAUUGAAAUUUUAGUUAAAACCAAUAUCAACCCACAUCUAAAAAAUAAUGAUGGAAAGCUUGCCAUAGACCUUCUUCCAACAGAGGACAAUGUAUCAAAGAGAGACCUCCGGGAGUAUAUGAGACACAUGAUUGAUUUUGAAGAUGUGACGACAUUAGUUCAUUGUCAAAGAGACUGCUCGACAGCAACAAAAAAUAAACCAGAAACUUUUGAAGUAGUAAAGCCAAAACUGCAAACAAAGCAAAUUUAUACAGACGAAGACCACACACAUAAGGAUGAAGAUAAAUGUAAUACAUGCCAGGAAACAUUUGAUAAAUGUAAAACCAUUAUCUUAGAAAAUCCAUCUGUGGCAUUCAAAGAUCUGUUUAGGGUUUUCAGGUUAAAACACAGACAUUCAAGACACAAGGAAAUAGUGGAGAAAUCAGUGCUAUUGAUUUCUGACUUUCUUGCUGAAAUAACAGAUUUCGAAAUUCCCGAUGAAUUAUGCAGAAUUGCACAAAAAACAUUUGAUAACUUGAUGAAUGAUUUAAUAAAGCGAGAAAAAUGGAAACAAAUAUAUAAACUGGUAACAAAGCACAAUAAGGUGCAUGGCGAGAAAAGUCUUUGUGGAUUUGCAUCUCAAAUACGUUUAGAAAAUGUGAUAAAUGAUUUUCCAAACGAAAUGUCUUCAAACCUCAUGGAAAUGACUAUAGACUGUUUUAUCCGAAAUGGAUGUAGAGUGGACCAAGGUACGUUAUACGUGGGUGAAGACAUGCAAUGGUCAAAAUGA